CAGCCGUGCGUUUGGAGCUUAAGGUUCAGACGCGUUAUACAGCGUCUCUUUCCCAAACACAACACAACACAACACGACAAGUGAGAAGAGUCGCUCGGAUUACUGUCAGCAGGGCCGAAGCACAAAAGAAAUGCGCUGAUGGUUCUUAUCUGUUAAUGCACAAGCCAAAACAUUGCAUUUUCACCUUUUAAAAGCAGCAAUCGUUUCGGAAGGGGCCGCACCUUCAGCAACAUCAUCCAGCCAUCAUGCAGUAGUGAGGAGAAACUAAAAAGCCCUGUUGAUGAAGCUUAUCUGAAGAUCUACAUGAUCUUCUGGACGUGAAGCUCCCCAAAAUUGCAGAGCAGAAGUGGUCCAGAGAGACUGGAAGAAAAGUACAAAGUCAAAGAAGGAAGGAGGGUCUGGUUGGAUUGAGUGAGGGCGAAAACCAAAGGGCUGGAUGCAAACCUCUAUUCUUUUGAGAAGUUCCCAGGUUCCUCAGAGAUGGCCUCCAACUUCAAUGACAUUGUCAAGCAGGGCUAUGUCCGCAUGCGGAGCAGAAAACUGGGGAUCUACAGGCGCUGCUGGCUGGUGUUUAAGAAGUCGUCCAGCAAAGGCCCUCGCCGACUUGAGAAAUACCCGGACGAGAAGUCUGCCUACCUUAGAGCGUGUCCUAAGGUGACAGAAAUUAGCAAUGUGAAGAAUGUGACGCGAUUGCCUCGCGACACCAAGCGGCAAGCAGUGGCCAUCGUCUUCACAGACGACACUUCUCGAACCUUCACCUGUGAUUCAGAGCUGGAGGCUGAAGAGUGGUUUAAAACCUUGUCUAUUGAGUGCCUGGGGAUGCGUUUGAAUGACAUCAGCCUUGGAGAACCAGACCUUCUGGCCGCGGGAGUUCAGUGUGAACACACAGAGCGGUUUAACGUGUUCCUGCUGCCCUGUCCUAAUCUUGACAUCUACGGGGAAUGUAUGAUGCAGAUCACACAUGAAAACAUCUACCUUUGGGAUAUUCACAACCCUCGUACCAAGCUUGUAACUUGGCCACUUUGCUCGUUGCGACGCUACGGCAGGGAUGCUACACGGUUCACUUUUGAGGCUGGCAGGAUGUGUGACAGUGGCGAGGGCCUGUACACUUUCCAGACAAGAGAAGGAGAGCAGAUCUACCAAAGGGUUCAUUCUUCCACUCUAGCUAUAGCUGAGCAGCACAAGAGAGUCUUCAUGGAAAUGGAAAAAAACAGCAAACUCAUGUCUAAGGGUUCAGAAGGAACGUCGUAUCCCUGCACCCCCACGUCAAUUUUACCGCGAAGUGCUUUCUGGCACCACAUCACCGGAUCACAGGCUGGGGUGGAUUCUGCCAACGGAGACAUAUAUGGCGAUGGUCAAUCCGGAGUGGACGCUGACCUCUUCUCCAAACGUCUUCCUCCAGAACGACACUCGACUCUUCCCGUGAGCCACAACUGCACCCAGCCGUCAACGCACUACCCCAGUUACCCCACCGAGUGAGCAGCUUCACUUAGAAACACACCAGUUUUUAACUCUAGGCCUCCCAACACACAGCACUUUGCCCUAUGUUUUUCCAUCAGCUCUUCUUCACCGGGGCCAGGGGUCUGCCUCAGCCAUCCUUGAGCCGCCUGUGAUUUUGAGGGCACGGAAAGAGGGAACGCUCCCAGCACUUCAAAUGAAGCGAGGCCCACAGACCUUUAAAGCAUACGUGAGAGAUCAGUAAAAGUAUACGUUUAUUGGAUCUGACUCUGUAGCGUUCCCAGUGCAAUAUGGUUUUCUGGGUUUAUGUGAGAGUAGAUAAUGUAGGUUUUGAAUACCUACCCCUUACUCGAACUCUUUUCUCAUGCACGUUCUUCAAUCCUAUGCAUGUCCCUUGAGGUAAACCGUUUAGAUAUGAAAGAGUUUUGUAGACGCCUAUCAAGUUCCCUCGGUGCGGUCUUCAUUCUAGGCCGUUUCAGAAAUGACACUCUUCUUCAACCAGUUUGAGCUUGAACGCUUCUGCUCUUCAAUAUAAGAUCUGUUUCAAUCAGAAGCUUUAGCCAUAAUCUAAUUUACAUGUCUGCAAGACCCACCCAAGUCACAGGACUCUGUAAAGGUUCAUCAGUUAUUUUCUCCUUCUGCUUUAUUUAAAAAAUGACUGGUUAUGACAUACAACUGUGUUUGGAGACUGUGUUGUGUAAUGAAGAAAGCCAUCCGGACGAUAGGAACAGCUGAAUCUUUUUCCUGCUAAAAUCACCCAUAUGUGUUGUGUUGUUGUUCACCUUUUUAGAAAGAGGCAACGUUUUAUCUUGAAGAUAUCUAAAGGAUCAUACGGUCAACAUCAUGUAUACCUGGUGAGGGGGAAUCAAAAAUGACAGAUGUAUUCAGCUGGGGUGGCUGUAACAUAGCUUAUGAAUUAUUUAUAUAUUUAUUGAAAUUUACCAACAAAGCACAAGACACAUUGCCGUGUAUAGUGGUAGAUUUUCUUUUAGCAGCUUGGCAGUUGUAUAUUUAAAAAGGUUUUUACCAGCUCUGUACAAAAUGAGGAAAAAAUCUUAAAUAAGGUGGUACGCCUCACAAUAAAUGUUUCUUCAUGCUUUU